AUGGUGCUUUUUACAAUUCAUUUGGUAGCGACCUUCAUCACGGUGUCUGCCGCCAAGUGCAUUCCCAACAAAGCAGAUGUGAUUAUUGUUCAUUGUUACCCCAAAUCCAUUGUGGCCAAAAUUCCUGAAUGUCCGUACGGAUGGGAAAUAAACCAACUGGCGCUGGGAGGAAUUUGUUAUAACGGGAUUAUUGAGUCUGGAUAUUACCAAUUCACCAUCCCUGACCUAUCGCCCCGGAACAAGUCUUACUGUGGAACGCAGUCUGAUUUCAAAAACCCAAUCUAUCAUUUCUACAACUCAAUCGUCUCCAACGACAGCACCUUGAUUGUCAAGAACCAGCCGGUGAACUACUCCUUCACGUGCAAUUACCAGUCCAACUACCUGGUCAGCCACGCCGGCUUCGACCAAAGAGUAGCCACGGUUCACGUGAAGAACGGGAGUUCCGGAUCAUUUGAGAGUCAACUCUCACUCAAUUUCUACUCUAAUGCAAAGUUCUCGUCCCAGAAAGAAGCCCCCUUUGUGGUGGAAACAUCAGACAUCGGCUCGGACGUGUUUGCUGGAGUGGAGGCCAAAGGGAUUAGCAGCAGGUUCAAAGUGGUUUUGAAUUAUUGCUGGGCGACUCCUUCCCCGGAUUACGCCUAUCACAUUCAGUGGCAGCUCAUCAGUAAAGGGUGUUCGUCGGAUGACUCGAUCCUCGUCCAUGAAAACGGAAAAAACAGCAGAGCCACGUUCCAGUUCAACGCCUUCCGCUUCCAGAACGUCCCCAAGCUCUCCAAGGUCUGGCUGCAUUGUGAGACCUACAUCUGCGACAGCGAGAAGUUCUCCUGCCCGGUGACUUGUGGGAAGAGGAAGCAGCAGAACGAACAAACCGGCGGGGUUCUAGUGGCAGAAUUUGUCCUUCGAAGUUCUGCCUCGUUGCCUUACGGAAGCCUCCCAGCGUUUCUUCACCAGCUGAUCCUCAUCGCGGGAAGCUACUUUAUGAUUUUAGACGCUUGAAGUCGCUCCGGAUCGGGAGAGCCGCUCCAAAAGGAAGCCACCCAUUGGCCGAGGCCAGGAUCUCCAUUAUAAGGACAAACAAAUUCUCAGGAUCACCAAGACUCAGCCAAGACUCCUCACGGCUCCAAGGGCUCUGACUUUAGAAUAAAAAUUAGCUACUGAGCUGCAUUUAACAAUUAUGUGUUUCAAAUGCGUUACAAUUCUAGAGUUUUUUUAACCCAUAGUUUUUAUAAACCUUUAAUUUACUGGAAGAGUAACAAAGAAAUCCUUUACAUAUUAAGGACUUUAGAAGGGUGACUUGAACCUUUUGACCUGUAAUGAGGUUCGUUCACCCAUUGUAAUUAAAGAUGUUCUGUAUUGGGGGGGGUGUGUCAUGUGACCUAAAAGCCGGCAGAACAUACAGAAAGCCAUCACAGAGAAUAGAUUUUAACCGCCUUUCCAUCGCUAUUUUUUAAUUUAUUUCUGGGCCGCCAGGAAGAUUUUUUUACAUCAUUUCCUGAAUUUUAAAAUUUAACAUCUCCCCCUUCACUGUACGACGAUCCCCAAAUUAAAUAAUGGUAUCAACGAGAUAUUCCGUCUGCCCACCGAAUAAAACAUUUCUUUUU